AUGCCGAAUUCCACCUACUUUUUAAUGUGUGAUGUACAGGAAAAACUCGUACCCACUGUGCUGGGAUCCUCUGAAUUCUGUCAUCGCGUGCAACAGUUGAUUUCGUUAUCCAAAGAGAUGGGUAUUCCCCUGAUUGUUACUGAACAGUAUCCCAAAGGCCUCGGGAAAACCGUGAGCUCACUUGACGUUUCACAUGCUGUAAUCCUUGCGGAGAAAACAGCUUUUUCCAUGCUAGUCGACAGUGUACUUGCUGCACUACCUGAUCCCCGAACUACUGCCAUUGUUUUGUUCGGAUUGGAGACGCAUAUAUGUGUUUUGCAAACAGCUGUAGAGUUACUCGAACGGGGUUUUACAGUGCACCUAGUGGCAGACGCCUGUAGCAGUCGAAGUCAAGUGGACAUGCAGUUUGCUCUUCGGCGGAUCUCCAACGCAGGUGCUGUGCUCACUACCACUGAGGCCCUGUUGUUCGAACUUGUGAAGAGCAAAGAUUCGGUACAUUUUCCAUUACUACGACAACUGUGCGCCACCCGUAUUCCAGAUCACCCUGCGCUUGCCGCAGGUAGUCACUCUCCCCUCUGA